AUGGCUGCUCAAUCGACCCUUCGUGGGUCUGCAGCCGAAGAGGCCAUUGCGGCCUUCAUUGAGAAGUACUCCACCAUCUUCCGAACCCGACUGCGCAAGACGACACGAACAACCCGACUCCUGGCCACACUCGCCCUCGCAACAUCCAUCAUACUCAGCGCGGCUGGAGGGAGACGCUGGUGGAAAAGCCGCAAGGAAGAGAGGGAGCAAGGUCGCAAGCUGGUCCGUACCAACUCGUGGCUCUUCAACAAGGAUGGCUCCCGCACCAUCUACGUGCCGUAUAAGGAGGGGACCUCCAAGGUCGUCAUCCACACAACCAAGCCCUUGACCUUCGAAGCCCAUCGCCGCCUCUUUCUUAACCCGCCGCGGGUGUCUGGGCUCGGCGAUGGGACUGUUCCAUCUGCACAGACAAAACCCGGUCUCAAUUUGGCCUUCCUGCACCAGUUCCUGAGCUUGAUGAGCAUCAUGAUUCCGCGGUGGUCGAGCAAGGAGGCCGGUCUUCUCCUCAGCCACGGCAUGUUCCUCAUGCUGCGCACGUAUCUCUCGCUUGUGGUCGCGAGACUCGACGGAGAGAUUGUGCGGGAUCUUGUUGCCGGACAAGGCAAGGCCUUCCUGUUAGGUCUCGCCAAGUGGUGCGGCCUGGGCGGCCUAGCGUCUUAUACCAAUGCCAUGAUCAAGUUCCUGGAGUCCAAGGUGUCCAUUGCCUUCAGGACACGACUGACACGUUAUAUCCAUGACCUGUAUUUGAACAACAACCUGAACUAUUACAAACUGUCCAACCUCGACGGCGGCGUUGGUCAGGGAGCUGACCAAUUCAUAACGCAAGAUCUUACACUGUUCUGUGCGUCUGCCGCGAAUCUCUACUCGUCUCUGGGCAAGCCUUUUGUUGAUCUCUGUGUCUUCAACUACCAACUCUACCGUUCGCUCGGCCCCUUGGCUUUCAUCGGACUGACGAGCAACUACAUCCUGACCGCAAACAUCCUCCGCCGACUCUCUCCGCCAUUUGGAAAGCUCAAGGCUGUCGAGGGACGCAAGGAGGGUGACUUCCGAAGCCUGCACGCCCGCCUCAUUGCGAACGCGGAGGAGGUUGCCUUCUACGGCGGAGCCGACAUGGAGAAGCAUUUCCUCAACAAGGAGUUCAAGUCGCUCAAGAACUGGAUGGAGGGCAUUUACAUGCUCAAGAUUCGCUACAACAUGCUUGAGGACUUUGUUCUCAAGUACAGCUGGAGUGCUUACGGCUAUCUCCUCUCGUCUCUGCCCGUCUUCCUGCCUGCGUGGGGUGGCCUCGGUGGUGCCAUGGAGAUGGUCCAGAGCGCCGAGAAGGGUGGCAAGGAGCGUGGCCGCAUGAAGGAGUUUAUCACCAACAAGAGGCUCAUGCUGUCGCUUGCGGAUGCCGGCGGUCGAAUGAUGUACUCGAUCAAGGACCUGUCCGAGCUUGCCGGCUACACGAGUCGAGUGUACACGCUCAUCUCAACGCUGCAUCGUGUGCAUGCCGACGCCUACUACCUACGUGGACAGCAGAACGAGCUCUACUCGCUGUCGGAUGUCCAGGGCACGACGCAGAAGGGCUUUGACGGUGUCCGAUUCGAGAACGUCCCCAUUGUGGCGCCUGCCCUUUGGCCCCAAGGCGGCGACGAACUGCUAGACUCUCUCUCGAUGGUGGUGAGGAGAGGCGAGCAUCUCCUGAUCGACGGCCCCAACGGCGUUGGCAAGACUGCCAUUGCCCGCGUCCUCGCAGGGCUCUGGCCCGUAUACCGCGGCCUCGUCAGCCGGCCCAAGUCGGCCGGCCAGGACGGCAUCAUGUUCCUGCCGCAGCGACCCUACCUCAGCAUCGGAACGCUCCGAGACCAGGUCAUCUACCCCGACGGUCACCACGACAUGCGCGAGAAGCGCAAGACGGAGGAGGAUCUCAAGCGGGUGCUCGAGGAUGCGCGUCUGGGCUACCUCCCCGAUCGCGAAGGCGGCUGGGACACGCGCAAGGAGUGGAAGGACAUCCUCAGUGGCGGCGAGAAGCAGCGCAUGGGCUUCGCCAGGCUGCUGUACCACGAGCCCCAGUACGCCAUUAUCGACGAAGGCACCAGCGCUGUUUCGAGUGACGUCGAGGGUCUCUUGUACGAGACGUGCAAGGAGAGGGGAAUCACCCUCAUCACCAUCUCGACCCGCGCUUCGCUCAAGAAGUACCACACGUACAACCUCACGCUCGGUCAGGGCGAGCAGGGCGACGAGUGGUCAUUCGACCGCAUCGGCACGGAGAGGGAGAAGAUGCAGGUCGAGAAGGAGCUCCAGGACCUCCGCGAGCGACUGGACCAGGUGGAGAAGUGGCAGGCGAGGCGACAGGAGAUUGAGGACGAACUGGCGCAGGUCUGGGUGGAGGGUGGCGAGUCGCUGGAUCCCCCUGCCUACGUCGAGCUCGAGAAGGGAGGCGAGGCAAAGCACGAAGAGGGCGAGAUGGAGCAGAUUCAGGCCCCGGAGGAGAAGGAGGAAGAGGAGGUACAUGUGGAGGCAUCGGCGUAG